ACAGCUCCUCAAAAGUGAAUAAAUACCGCUUGGUCAGACUUGGUGCGAUUCUUCUCGCAUUUCUUUUAUCCUUCGCUUCUUCCUUCAUUUCAGAAUGACAACCGUUCAUAAGGCCGCUGCACUGCCUGUUCCUCCAGCAGCACAACUUACUACAGAAGCUCAAAAGCCCAAGAAGACUUUGAAACAUUCCGCAGGUAUUCUUGCCAUUGACAAAGAGCAUCGUACUAUCCUUUUGGUUUCAAGCUUGAAGCGAGAAGGAGCCUGGGUUCUCCCCAAGGGAACUUGCAUGACUGAGCCUCAGGUUGAAGCUCCAGAAUCAGCGGCACGCCGUAUAGCAUGGGAAGUUGCAGGUGUCCGUGGUGAGCUCAGAAAGAAGGUCGGAACUUUCACGGAAGCAGGAAAGAAAGGAAAGAUUAACGCUUACAAUUGGAUGUACGAAAUGGAAGUCUAUAAGAUGGAAGACAUAUGGCCAGAACAGGACCGUAAGAGAGUUUGGGUAUCCUACGAGGACGCUAUGCGUGCUACAGCUGACAGACCUAUCGCUCAAUUGGCCAUCAAGCACUGCUCAUUAUCAAACUAAACGACCGUCCACUGUCACUUCAUAUCCAUUCCGACUGAUAUUUGUACAUGUCUACGUCGUAUGCCCUUAGAUCGGAAUAGUUUCCUAUAUCGUAAUACCUUUAAUAGUAAUCGAUAUAUAAUGUAUGUAGCACUCUCUCAGUGUAGGGGCAUGCUGAGAGCUAACGAAACAAUAAAUGCAAUAAACAACAAAAAAUGAAAUAUGCUAGUGCAUUGGAGAAAAAA